UCUUGUGCUUGUCAUUCCUCUGUAUCAUCUCCAUCUCUCGUGUAACAAUGAAAGGGCUGGCCUACUUUCCCGUGGGUUUAGUGGUGAUUGGGCUCUGCUCUGCUUUACCAGCAGGAAGAGAGUUUGCCACAUCAUUCAUGCAAAACCUUGGGGGUGAUGGUAAGGAUACUCGUUUCUCUGUUGAAGUUGCAGCUCUGCCUUCUUCCCAAGGCCGCACCAAGGUCAAGGUGACGGCCGAGGGUGAGGUCAAAGUGGAGGAAAUUGAGCCCGGCAAGAGCUUCUCCUUCAAGCUUCCUGACAGCGUAGAGAUGAAGGGCAGCAAAAAGUCCCAUCAGACUGUGCUGAUUGAGGCGAGCCAAGAUGUCAGUGUGACGUCACUCAACUUCAAGCAGUACACAGCAGACACCUCUGUGGUUUACCCAGUAAAGGACUGGGGGACUGAGUACUACAUAUUCACUCCCAUCGGCGACGAGAGUGACGGCAUUAAAGAAUUUUCCAUCACCAACCACAAGGAGCCCAACACAGUUGAGAUUUCCCUUCAGGGCUCAGUCAGAUUCCUGGGGAAAUAUUACACUAGAGGAAGUGCGAUGACCAUAAAGCUCGAGGCGUUUGAGGCUGUUCAGAUUCAGAGCCUAGAAAACCUGAGUGGCACGAAAGUGGUCUCGCGUCUUCCUGUUGCCGUCUCCUCGGGACAUGGCUGUGUUCAGAAAUUCACCUCUUGCAACCACGUCUACGAACAACUUCUUCCUGUGUACAGCUGGGGGAAAGAAUUCAUCAUCGCACCCCUGCCUUAUCAUAACAAGUUUACCAAUCAAUAUGACAGUGUUUACGUCCAAGCAUCCGAGCCCACCAAAAUUAGCAUGAGUAUUAAUGGGAGAGUCCAGUAUUACACAAUGCAUGCAGGAGAAACUCAUGAGAUAAAAUCAUAUUGGCCAAAUGCUAUAUAUCUGACAUCCGACAAGGGUGUCCAGGUCCUAUUUGAAUUCAACGGGGGUCCUAUUGACUUCUUUGAUCGUGCUGAUCCCUUCCUGAUGACUAUACUGCCCACAAUUCAUUUUAGCACUUCCUACGCCCUGCAGGGACAGGGUGAUUUUUACAACUCAAUUAUAGCUGUGGCUCGGAACAAAGACCUGGCUGACAUCAAAAUUGAUCCAAAGCCCAAGUCUGAAAACUUUGACUGGCAUAAAGUAGAUGGGACUGAUUUCUCCUGGGCUGAGAUGCAAUAUAGCACCGGGGCAACCUUCUAUCAGAUAUCUCACCCCAGCUCCCCCUUUGGUGUCUACAGUUUAGGUGUUGCUUCUGCUAAUGGGUAUGGAUCCCCUGCAUCUGGCGAAACAGCAGAGAAACGUGACUGCAGCACUAUGAAGUGUCCUGAAGACGAAGUGUGCAAGAUGAGCAGAAACUCCCCAAUAUGUUUCAAAAAACCACCCGCCGUCAAAGCAGGUACCUGCUGGGCCAUGGGGGAUCCUCACUAUCGCACAUUCGAUGGCUCCUACUACAACUUCAUGGGCAACUGCACCUACACAAUGGUCAAGAACUGCCAUGCUGGGGAAAACCUUCCAGCUUUUGAGGUUGAUGCGCAGAAUACUAAACGUACCGGUUCAGAGGUCACAUUCAUCGGCAAAGUGAUCAUUAAGGUCCAUGGGUACACUAUGGCUCUCGUGCGAUCGGAGUUUGGCCUUGUCCAGAUGAACUACACAAUGUGGAAUCUCCCUAUCAACCUGGGCAAUGGCAAGGUGAAGUUAUCCCAGAGCGGCUUGUCUGUCGUUGUGGAGACAGAUUUUGGCCUGACAGUGCAGUAUGACUGGAAGGAGUAUCUUGUCAUUAGCCUGCCGGGCACAUUUUCUGGCAAGGUGUGUGGCAUGUGUGGCAACUUCAACACCAAAAAGGAGGAUGACUUUGUGACUUCUACCGGCUCACAGACCAACAAUGUAGUGACCUUUGGCAAGAGCUGGAAGGUUACUGAUGGGCCACAUGAUUCCCAGUGUCGAGAUGAAUGCCCGGGCAAUUGUGAGACCUGUGAAAACCACAGCUUCUUGGGACGCAUUAAAGACAAACUCUUCUGCAGCUUGCUUACCACGGUCAUGGAUGGACCACUCAGCGAUUGCAAUGCUGUCCUUGACUCCAAAGUCCUUCAUGAGAUGUGUAUGUAUGAUGUUUGCAUGGGUGAGGGGAUGACGAACUUCAUGUGUGACACCUUGCAAGUGUACGCUGAUUCCUGUCAGAGAGCGGGCGUUAAAAUCUAUGACUGGCGGCACCUUGCACGUUGCCCUGAACCACGAUGCGCAGAGAACAGCCAUUAUGAGUUCUGUGGGAACGCCUGCCCUGCCACCUGUGAAAACCCAGAUGCUGUCAAAAACUGCAAAGAAAACUGUGUGGAGACCUGUGUCUGUGACGAGGGCUUCCUGCUGAGUGGCACUGCGUGUGUCCCAAAAGCCCAGUGUGGCUGCUCGUACAAAGGCUUCUAUAUAGAAGCUGAAGGCUCUUUCUUUACUGACAACUGUACUGAGAAAUGCACAUGCGAUCAACAUACCAAGCAAGUUAAGUGUGAGACACCGGGUUGUCAGCAGGGCUUUCAGUGCAAGAUGGUUGAUCAACUUCUUGGAUGUCAACCAGUGUCUUAUUCUGAGUGCAACAUGACGGCCGGACCUCACAUCGAGACCUUUGAUAGGUACGAUUACAACUUUAACGGCACCUGUGUGUACGAGCUGGCUGGGGUCUGCGUGAAAGAUCCGUCCCUGCAACAGUUUCGAGUUCUUGUGCAAAUAGUUGACUCUGGUGCAACAUUGGUGGAGGUCAACAUUCAUGGCAGCUCCAUUGUCAUCACGAGAGGGAUCAAAGACUCCGUUCUGAUAAAUGGAAAAAAUACCAGCUUACCCUUUAGAGGCAAUGUAACAGUUCGCCAGUUUGAUGACCAUGCUGAGAUCCAGACAAAGUUCGGGGUGCACGUCUCUUAUAACUGGAAUUCAACAGUACAAGUCAAAGUGCCCAGUACAUAUGCCGGCGCAAUGUGUGGCCUGUGUGGGAAUUAUAAUACCAACCCCAAAGAUGACCUACGGUUGAAAAAUGGUACACGGGCAGUGUCUGCAGACGAACUAGGAAAAAGUUGGAGGGAGAAUGAUCGGUCAUGUCAGGAAUCAGCAACCUGCACGAUCUCAGGUGAUCCGCAUUACAAAAACUUCAAACAACAUUAUUUUGACUUCCAAGGCACGUGCUCCUACACCGCAGCUAAAUUGUGCCUUCAGGAAAAAUCGCAUCACCACAAUUUCUCUGUGGUUGUGGAGAAUGAGAAAUGGACAAUGACAGACAAACCUAAUUUGGCUGUAGCCACUCUUGUUGCUGUGGAGGUGUACGGUCACACCCUGAUCCUCCGAAGGAAUCAACUUCAAUCGCUCAUGGUGGAUGACAUCUUGACAAACAUUCCAUUUAACCUCAAUGAUGGACAAGUGAAAGUCUUCCAAGAAGGCUUUGCCUAUGCUAUCGUGGUUGACUUUGGCCUGAAAGUGACCUACGAUAUGAUCUACAAAAUUGAAAUCAUUAUACCUGCAAACCUCAUAAACAAAACCUGUGGUCUGUGCGGCAGUUAUGAGAACAAGACCAAUUCGUUUCAGCUGCCGAAUGGAAAAAUGACCAAGGAUGUAAAAACCUUUGGAGCAGCGUGGAAAAAGCCCACUCCAGGGGUGGUAUGUGAGGACGGCUGCAGUGGGGACCAGUGCCCGAAAUGCAACCAUGCUCAAAAGAAAAUCUAUGAGAAUGAUUGUGGAAGAAUCCGCGAUCCUAAUGGUACCUUUGCUGCAUGCCACAGCAAACUCAGUCCUGAGUAUUACUACAGAGAUUGUGUCUAUGACGUCUGUAUGAGCCAGGGAGAUCGCACUGUGCUCUGCAACAGCAUCUCAGCAUACGUGAGGGACUGUCAGACUCUCAAAGUAAAGCUGGACAACUGGAGGACGCCUGAUUUCUGCCCUGCUCAGUGCUCUGAACACAGUCACUACAGCAUCUGCAGCGGAGCCUGUGCCUAUCCAUGCCCCGGUCUCACCGCAAGCAUGACCUGCCCCACCACUUGCAGAGAGGGCUGCACCUGUAAAGAGGGCUACUAUUUCAAUGGGACUGGCUGUGUUGCCCAAAAGGAUUGCAGUUGUUUCCACGAAGGACGUACCUUCAAGAUUGGUGAGUCUAUCGUAACUGACAACUGCCAUCAGCGCUGUGUCUGUACGGCAUCUGGUGAAGUGAAGUGCGAGGACAUUUCGUGCAAUGCUACAGAGAAAUGCCGGGGCGAGAACCAUAUCCUCGGCUGCCAUCCCAAACAGUGUCGAGUGGAGACCGGAGGAUCCAUUACUCUUUUCAGUGGCAAGACCGGUGCCAUCUCUGUUAUGGGAGCUUAUGAGAUCAUCACACACUGCAACAAAUCGGCGGUUGACUGGUUCAGGGUUGUGGUGAUGUUCCAAGAAUGUAGAAUGUCCGGUGUGAGGAGCGUUGUUGCUAUUUACCUCUACUUUAACGAUCUGAGCAUCACCGUCACCGACAAACAGGAGAUCUGGGUAAACGGUAAAAAGGGGACUUCCCCCAGCCGCCCGAGAAACGACAUCUCUGUGAGAUCCACCGGCCGAGCCAUACUCGUCGAGCAGCUGUCGACCUUCAAGCUGCAAUUCAGCUACACCAAGGAGAUCAUUGUGACCGUGAGUGACAGCAUGGCGGCAAACGUGUGCGGAGCAUGUGGCAAGCUCCUCCCCUUCAGAGACAUCAUGCUCUUCUCUGUGGGAACGAUGCAGGACCACAUGGCCCAGUUUCCUGCACAAGACUUCCCUACCUGUGGGCUGUGAUGGAACAUGCAUCGUCACUGAGAGAUCAAUGCAACAGUAUCAUCUGCAGUAAAUUCAAAUCAAGACUGAAGUGUGUUCUUCAUGUUUAAUUUUUGUCAAAUAACCACAUAAUAAACUUGAACAUUUUGCAUCAUCA